UUUUUCAACGGUAAUCACUAUAUAUAUAGUAGUAAAAAAAAAAAAAACACCCAUCCUUCAUCAUCCGUCCUCCUGGGAAAAAUCAGAGAGCAGUGGAAGGGAGGAGGGGGGCAGUCUGUCUAUCAUCAUCGCUGAAUAUAAACCAAAAAUAUUUCUCUCAAUUCUCCCGACCGACUUCCCAGAUCCAACCAAAGGGGAAUUAGGGAUUUUAUUUGGAGGGUCGGAAUGGGAGCAGCAGACAGGCUGGGAGAAAUGGGCAUGGGCAACCAUUACUCCCUCCAUAAUGAUAAUACUUCUACUUGCAGCGGCGGCGGCAGCAGCACCCUAAUUUUCACCUACGGAACUCUCAAGCACGGUUUCUCCAAUCACACCCUCUUACAAGACAUGAUGGCCUCCGGAGAUGCCGCCUUCCUGGGCCUCUGCCGGACCGCCAACCAACUCCCUCUCGUCUGCGGGCCCUACAGAGUUCCCUUCCUGCUCAAUUUUCACGGCCGCGGCCACCCUGUCUCCGGCGAGCUCUACUCCGUCUCCCCAAGGGCAUUGGCCCGCAUGGACGACUUGGAGGGCGUCACUCGCGGUCACUACGAGAGGCUGCCCGUCAGGGUCGUCCUCAUCCAGGAGGAGGAGGAGGAGGAUCAUGACCCCCUUCCCAUAGAGGCCGAGGCCUACUACGCACACUCAACCUAUGCGGAGGCGCUCUGGAAGAGGAACGGGGAGAAGGGAUACCACUGCUACUCCGAGAAAGAGGCCAAAGGAUACGUCAAGCGCAAAGACAGGGCCCAGCAUCUCUCUUUCUUGGACCAAAUUCAACUUUUUCUGUCUUCUCCUUCCCCUCCUCCUCCUGAUUUACAUCCAAUUGCUGCUGCUGAUGUUGCUACUACUGCCUCCAAAUAACUCUAGUAGAGUCUCCGUCCCCACCACCAGGUAGGCUUAUCUUAUGGACGGUGAGGGACGGGGUAUGGUAUAGAGGGGAUGAUGUUUCUUCAUCCGGAUUUGUAAUUCCACCAACCUUUUGCGUGCGUGCA